AUGGCCGAACAAGAGAUAUCCUUACUAAACAAGGUGGAGCUACGAAUUGCUUUGGCAGAGAGUAAUGCACAAUUGGAGAAUGCAUUAAAGAUUUACCUACCUCCAGUGUUGUUGAAGCUUGCAAGUCCAGACGCACAAGUACGACAACUAGUUUUCAAAAUCAUACAACAUGUCAUUCCAAGAAUAACUGCGACAAGAAACCUUCAAUUGCCAGUUAAGGCCCUAAUUGACCAGGUCAAGAGUCCCAGUUUGAAACCUGGCUUAGAUUCAACCUCGGUGAGAUUAUACUCGGCGUUAUUUGUAUCCCGAGGCGUUGACAGAAUCAGCGAAGACGAGAAAAGAGCGCUAGUUCCUUUGGUGGUUGAGCGAAUGUCAGAUCUUCCGGAAUCCAUUGCGGCACGUAUGUUUGGGAUUUUAUGUAAGUUGCUCAAGACUUGGAAAGCUCUUGAUCCUGAGUCGGACGAGUUCAAGGAGCAAAGAAGAGCAUUAGACAAGAAGAAUGAGCAAUAUCUCGCCUUUAAAGUAGCUAAAUUUUUAAUGUUUACGAUGGAGUCAACGACAAAGGUAACAAUUGGCUUGAGUGAAGAAGAUAUAAAGUACUUCACAACUGAUGCGGGGGUCAAUUUUCAAAGUAAUUCAGAAUUGGCCGCCACGAAACUUUCGUUGCUUCAAUUUUUGAAAUCGGGAUUCGCUAGUGAUCAAAUUGUCUUGCCGUUUUUGGUUGCUUCGGCGGAUCCAUCUUCUGCGAUUGGUGAAGCGUCGGAAAAGUCACUCAGAACGUUGGAUAUUAAUGUUGACGAGAUAACUCUCUACACCGGAACAAACCUCAUAAACUUUCUUGUUGGAAUAUUCUUGGAUGCCAACAGAUCAACCCCCAAUGAUUGGAAUCUCAGACUUAAAAUUAUGCAACUUUUUUUAAAGAGUGUGUCAAUCGGAAAGAAUGGGGAUGUUAUUGAAGUAUGCAAAAUCGGCUUAAAGUCUCCAUCGCUCAAGUUGAGAAAGCUUUCAACGGAUCUCAUUGACAAGCUUUUAAAAACAAACAAGAAUGAAAAAGGAUUUAAAGAGUUUACAACUGAUAUUGCAAAUGAUCUUCGACUGAGUCUUGCUAAUGAGGCUAGCUCUAACGAUACUUCAUACAAUUCGGCAGUUUUCACUGAGAAGCGGUCCAAAUAUGAAACCUUGGGAAGAAUAUUGCAGUCGGCACCGGCAAUUUUUAUCAAUGACUGGUCUUAUGUAUCGUUUUUGCUUGAAGCCAUAGACCAAGAAGAUGCAGAAGUAAAGGUUUCCAUUCAAGAUGUCUUAUCAGGGUUGUCAAGCCAUUUGAAUAAUAUAAGCAGCACAAACAAAAUGGCUUUGAGGGAGAUGGCCAGAGAAUAUUUUUUGAAUCGCCUGUCUCACACAAUAAUGGGAAGGUAUAUUCUCGUAAAGUUCAUAAACUUAGCAUUUCCAUUCAGUGACACCUUUGCUAGAAUGAUAUGCAUUGCUGGAACAGGUAAAGAAUACAGUUCCGAGAUUCUUGAAGAGUCUAAUAGGGGGUUGCAUCCUCACUGGUUUAACCUCUUGCAUGCUAAUAAUUCCAGCGAGUUCAAAUCCACAUCUCAUCUAUUAGGGAAUGAAUCUGCAGCCGUGUUUCCAAAGUUUACCGAGUUUGUGAAUACUAUUGCGACCGAGCUUGCGGAGAAUAUUUACUCACCAUUAUUUGAUACACUCCCAAGGGCAAUAGAGUUUGCUGUGCAAAUUUUGGUAAUGGAAGCAUUGAGGUGUAACAAGACUGUGAUUACUUUGGACGAAAGCUGGUCUGUGCGUUUGGAAAAGGCAUUGGAGUUGAAUGACACGGUAAGAAACUUGGUUAUUGAAGAGAUGAAAAAUCGUGACAUCAAAGAGGGUGUGAAUAAGCUUCUAUCCCUUUGUUUUGAAGCUCUUUCUGGACAGUUUAAAAGUGAUUCUAAAUUUGUGCGCAGCAUUUUUUACGGUCGGUCUAUUUGCCAACUACUCACUUUCGCCUCUUCUGACAUAGUUGAAGCAUGUUCGGGAAGGGAAGAACAGUUGAUGUCCUUGAUUCGUCAAACGUCCAUACGUGAUGAAUCGAUAGGUGAUGUUUGCAAAAUCUUGGGUAUUAUUGGAAGCCACCCGUCAAAAGAUGAGCAACAGGUGAACUGUCUAUUAGAUAGUCUCGAAAGUGUCCAAAAUAAAUCUGCAGCUAUAUUAGCACAGAGUUAUGUCUUAUCAAGGUUGUCAGCUAGGGGCAGAUAUAAAUCGAUUUCGUGUUUGGGUUUGAAAAACUUGCUUGAGAGCAUUAUUGAGUUGUCUCAACAACAGUCAACGUACAGUUUAGCUAUUGAUCUGGUUUCCCAAUUGGCAAUGUUUGGGGUAUUUAAAGACUCCAUGACGGACAAUGUCAAGGAGUCCCUCAACAAAAUCAAGUCAGGCGCUCGGGCUAAACUGAAAAAAUUUGAUGAAAAGAGUGUACUAGCUUUGGGUUAUCUUGCAUUAGUGGGAAAGCAUAGCACCAUCGAUGAACUAACUGAAGAUGAGCGAGCAAUUUAUGAAUUCCACAAUUCGAAAGAGAUCGAGUCAAUUUUUGCUUCUGCUGAAGCAUUUGUUAUUACUUCUUCUGGUUGGGAGUCUAAGCUUUUGCAACACAAACUUGAUAUUCCUGAAGUGGACAUCAAGAGCCUACCAAGAGAUACAGCACGAUUGCCUAUCAUUUUGAACGUCGUUAUCGCAGCUUGUAGAGAUACCAAGCCUUCUUUGAGACGUGCGGGAUGUAUAUGGCUCUUGUCCCUAGUGCAACAUUGUGGCCAUUUGGAUGAGAUUCAACAGAGGCUAAUCGAAUUGCACUAUUGCUUUAUGAGGUUCUUGGCAGAUAAAGACGAAAUUGUCCAAGACUCUGCUUCAAGAGGGUUGGCUUUGGUUUAUGAAUUGGGUGAUGCGGAAUUCAAAGAAUUAUCGGUAAAAUCCUUAUUAAAGUCAUUUACACAAUCUGAUGCCAGUUCAUACAUUGCUGGAAGUGUUCAAAACGAUACAACAUUAUUCGAGCCUGAUGUAUUAAAGACUAAUGAUGGGUCAAUUUCGACAUACAAGGAUGUAUUGAACUUGGCACAAGACGCCGGAGAUCCAAGUCUAGUUUACAAAUUCAUGUCUUUGACCAAGUCUUCCACGUUGUGGUCUUCACGGCGAGGCAUUGCCUAUGGGUUGGAAUCCAUCUUGUCUCAAUCCUCCUUAGAUCAGAUGCUAUCUAGUAAUGCAAAGUUUGCCCAGAGACUCAUUCCAAAACUAUACCGGUACAGAUACGACCCUUACACCAGCGUUUCCCAAUCAAUGGAGUCGAUUUGGAACUCAUUGGUAAAUGACCCCACCCGCAUCAUCAAAGAUAAUUUUGAUCUGAUUUUGAAUGAAUUGUUGACUGGUAUGGGUAAAAAAGAGUGGAGAGUACGACAAGCAAGCGCCACGGCUAUGUGUGAUCUAUUGCAAAUUGUCGAGUUGACUCGAUACGAGGCAAAGAUUGAGGAGAUUUGGACAAUGAGUUUUCGAGUAAUGGAUGAUAUAAAGGAGAGCGUUCGAAAGGAAGGGCUGAAGUUAACAAGGGCAUUGGUGACGAUCUUAACAAGAGCUUUAGAAAAGGAUUCAAGCACCUCAGAAAGUCAAGAAGUUUUGGGCAGAUUGAUUCUGUUUUUACUUGGAAACAAGGGAAUUAUUUCUGACUCCCAAGACAUUAAAGAUUUUUCCAUCAAGACGUUGUUGAAACUAUGCAAAACAAAAAGCAAGGCAUUGAAACCUUAUAUUGCUGAUUUAAUUGAAAAUUUCAUCAAUCUUUUUUCCACGUUGGAGCCCGAAGUGGUGAACUACUUGGCUCUUAAUGCAGGUAAUUUCAAUAUUGAUAACCAAGAGUUUGAUGCAAAACGAUUGCAAAAUGUUGGGAAGUCCCUGUUGAUGGAUGCGAUUGAAUUCUUAUUAAGCCAAUUGGACGAGAAGGCAAUGCCAGAAUUCUUGACCAAAUUGGAACGUAGUGUUAAGCAUGGAGUUGGAUUACCUUCCAAAGUGAGCGGCUCAAAGGUGUUGAUUACAUUGGUGAUGAACUACCAUACAUUUAUGAAACCCUACAGCUCCAAACUAUUGGAAAUUGCUUCAAGCCAAAUCAAGGAUAGAAAUAACACCGUGUCGUCUUGCUACGCCGCCGCAGCUGGGUAUAUUUGCCGCAUUUGUCCUGUAGAAGCAAUCAUCAAGUACUCGGACAAGAUUGCGAAAAUGUAUUUUGAGCCCAAAGAAACGGGUGAUGAGCGAUCGAGAUUAUUAGCGUCGAAUGCAAGCAAUUGUGUGUCCAAAUACUCUGGGGAUCAAUUCAGUGUUGUUGCGUCGGCGUUCUUGCCCUUGGCUUUCAUUGGAAGAUUUGAUGAACUUGAACCAGUGAAGCGCAAUUUUGAUUUGGAGUGGACGGAACAUACAGCCGGUGAUUCAGCGAUUAGGUUGUAUUCGACUGAAAUACUUGAUUAUGCAAAGAAGUACUUGAAGUCUAACGAAUUUUCGAUCAGGGCAACGUUGGCAAGAGCCGUGUGCCAUCUUUGUCUUGCGUUUGGGGGUUCUGGUCACUUUUCUGACAAAAACAUUGAAGAAUUGAUUCAAUUAUUGAUUGAUUCCAACAAGGGUAAAUCAUGGGAAGGUAAGGAAUAUGUUUUUGGAGCUUUGGUUGAUUUCUCAAUCUUGAACAGGAAGUACUUGUUGGAACAUGGUGACUUGCUUGACGCUAUUGAGAGAACCAUACACACCGAAAUUAAGAGAAGAAAUAAGAGGUACCAGCGUUUAGCAGUGCAAAAGAGUGGAACGUUCAUCCAUGAGUUCCAUACUAACCAGCAGCUUAUCGAAUGCUAUGUAGAAGUUAUGAAGGACAUCUUGCAACGUGAGACGAGAGGUAAAGAUGAUGAUAGUGAUGAAGAGAUGACUGAUGCUGAACGAGGAACCAAAAUAGGUUCGAAAAGCGAAGAGAGGGUUUUGGAAUUAUUUCACAAUUUGGGGGUUACGUUCUAUUACGAAUUGGGUGAAGUCAACCUUUUCCAUUUCAUAUUUGAAGAGAUGAGAAAACUUUUUAAAUCUGCGGUUUCAACCACUUGGAGGUCCCAAAUUAAGAUUACCGAAUUGUUUAGAAAGAUUGUCAAGAGCUUACCAAGGAGUAACAGCGACAUUGAACCCGAUUUGAUUCAAACUUGGACGGUUUUGAAAGAACAAUGUUUGGAUGUUGAUGCUUUGGAGUCAGUAAAGUUGGAGUUUAUUCGAUUAUCAAAGGAGUUGUUACCGAUUUUGAUUGAGACUGGAAAUCAGAACCUCAUUAAAUCGACAUUAGAGGAGCUUUCUAGAGUUGAGAAAUCAAAUGUUGUUAGAGUUGAAUUAGCAAAGUAG